CCGCCGCCGCCGCCAUGGAGUCGAACAGGGACGAGGCGGAGCGGUGCAUCGGCAUCGCCCUGGCCGCCGCCAAGGCCAACCAACCGGACCGGGCGCGCCGUUUCCUGGAGAAGGCGCAGCGCUUGUACCCCUCGCAGCGGGUCCGCGUUCUGCUCGAGUCACUCAACAAGAAUGAACAAUCAUCCAAUGGCCAGUUCCAAUCCAAGGAGUCCACAAAUCCCCAGUACAAGAAAACGACUGGAGACUUCCCAUCGGCCAACGGGGAGGCUGGCGGGGAGGCUCCCAAGGGUUAUACUCAGGACCAGGUGGAUGCAGUGAAGAGGGUAAAGCAGUGCAAAGAUUACUAUGAAAUUCUGGGAGUAAACAGAGAAGCUUCUGAUGAGGACCUGAAAAAGGCUUACCGGAAACUUGCACUGAAGUUCCACCCGGAUAAGAACCAUGCACCAGGGGCUACAGAAGCGUUUAAAGCCAUUGGUAAUGCAUAUGCGGUAUUGAGCAACCCAGAGAAGAGGAAGCAGUAUGACCAGUUUGGAGACGAGAAGCUCAACCCUGCUCGGCACGGACACAGCCACUCAGACUUCCACCGCGGGUUUGAAGCAGAUAUCUCCCCUGAAGACCUCUUCAACAUGUUUUUUGGUGGUGGUUUUCCCUCUAGUAACGUUCACGUAUACAGCAAUGGCAGGAUGCGAUAUACCUAUCAUCAGAGGCAGGACAGACGAGAACAUCAGGGCGAUGGUGGCCUUGGGUUGUUUGUCCAGCUGAUGCCUAUCCUCAUCCUGAUCAUUGUGUCUGCUCUCAGCCAGAUGAUGGUCUCCAGCCCACCCUACAGUUUGAGCCAGAGGCCGUCUGUGGGUCACAUACACAGGAGGGUGACAGAGCACUUGAAAGUCGUCUACUACGUAUCCGAGAACUUUGCAGAAGAGUACACAGGCACAAACCUAAAAAAUGUUGAAAGAAGCGUGGAGGAUGACUACAUCGCAAAUCUUCGAAAUAACUGCUGGAAGGAGAAGCAGCAAAAGGAAGGCUUGUUGUACCGGGCACGCUACUUCGGAGACUCAGAUCUGUACCAGCGAGCACAGAGGAUGGGCACUCCCAGCUGUAGCAGACUGUCAGACGUUCAAGCCUCUCUGCACGGAUAGUCACUGCCAGCCCACUCAGCAGAGGUCUAAGUACGAGCUGGCGAUGCUUCCCGUGACGCUGAAGCAUGGCACAUCAGUGCUUUUAAUACUUAAAUCUCUGUUUAAGACGCAAGUCUUCACGAGUCUCCUCUGGAUGCACACACAUAAUGGGGGGAAGCGCCGCCCUCUGUCAAGUGUACACACUUUAAUUGGGAGAUUGAUUUUGUUUAGUUUGCAUGUCAGCACCCUCAGCUCUCUCCAAGCUCUCUGUUUUCUCUGGCGUUGUUGGUGUUGGUUCUCUAGGAACAAAGCAAAAGCCCCAGGCAUGUUGGCGACUCAGCUGAGUUCUUGUCAACUGUGCAUUCGAUACAGUGGUAGUGUGUGCCUUGGCUGGUUGGAAGUUUUUUCCCGUGUCUUGCAAAGCCUUUACCGGCCUUGGGAGCCAGCUGCCACGUUUUAAUGAACCUUUUUGUUGCUUUAUUGUCUGUUUUAUUGAAAAGCUGUUAUCCUAUGGCACUUGAAGAAAUACGAUGACAGGGAAUGGACUCCUACAGCACAGAUGUUCCUUGCCCCCUGUGGCCUUUCCGUGACACUCAAGGAAAACAAAACAAACGGUCAGAGUUCGUAGCAGGCUGUAGAAGUAACUUACUGUAUUAAACCGAGAAACAAAGCUGAGCAUGAGUCUGGAAGACUCAUGGGUUGGAGAGUUUAAAUUAAGGCAAGUCUAGUAGCAUAGAGGAGACCAAGGUGCCCUGGGUCAUAGGAGAACCUAUGAAAAAAUUGGCGUGGAGUUUGGAGUUGCAUUUCUGCUCGCUUAUUUAGGCUGAUUUCACCUACCAGGUAUUAAAAAACCCGCAGGCUUCCUCCACCCACAAAACUGUUUGAAAGUGGGUUUUUUUUAGAAAACUGAAGGAGAAGCUCAGACCAAUUUUAGUUUUGUAGAUGCCAUUUAGGCCUGCAGAGACUUCUCCGGGACAGUGGAUAUCUAGCUACUUGAUUUGUACACACGAGUAAGAAGGUUUAGCAGUGGAAUUUUUGUUUGUUUUAUUUUCUUUGGCAUAUAGAGCACAUCUGAAAGUUUGGCCCUUAGAUCAAAUCCUAUGGGUCACAUUCUGCCUUUAUUUGGGUGUAUCCUGGUUUUGGAACCGUUGUUAUCUUGAUACGCCCACUGUCUUGUUUUGAUAACUGCACCUCUUGCUCAGUGAGAGAUGAGUAUUAAUUGCCUGCUUUUCUUUGUGAAAUGCAGCACUUCUCUGUACCCAUGAUCAGAAGAAGAGAAUCCCUCUUCAACAGAGGACCCACUGCACGUUGAAUUGGCGUGGCUGAAAAAGCCGCCCCCUGAAUCUAGGGGAAGGGUGGGAAGGGGAGGGGGGUACUGUGACAUGUAACUGGCUGGAGACUGACACAGUUACCGCUUUUAUUCCCAGACUCUUGAAAUGCCUGAAGACUUUUGGUGAAGUGCACUGAGCCGAGGUGACAGACUUUAUAUUUAAAGAAUCAAACGUUAAAUUAAAAUGGAAUUGGAGAAUUAGCAGCGCACAACUGCCCUCUUUCUUCUCUCUGUCUGUCUCCGCCGUUAGACGUCUCAGGCAGCAAUUAGAACAGGAAAUAAAGCUGCCCGUCUUCCUCCCUCCCUUCCAACACCGCUAGAGUGCGACAGUUUAGUUGCUCCUAGGAUACCACAACCAUGAGAACAAAUGUGUAGAGUGUAAAAUAAUUAAACAAAACUGCAGAAGCCACGAAGCAAAAGGAGGCUCUUCGUGCCUGCGCUGGUCAUUUCUGAUGGAGAGAGAAAUCGGACAAUUUGAUGAUAAAAGAAAGCUUAAAAAAAUAUAUAAUCUAUUUAGAAUUAAUUUAUAGCUGUAUAUAUGUUGUACUUUUAAACUAUGCAGGAGUUGGAUUAAAUUAUUAUGUUUUGUGCCAGGCUUAGUUUGCAGGGAAGCAGGAAGUGUCUCUUCCCAGGGUGGCCCACUCCGCAGAGCUUUCCUGCCUCAAGACACUAAAACGAGGAACACUUUGCAGUUGUUGUAUUUUGCUUUCUUGAGGACAACAGCAUUCUGUGGCUUAGGUUGUUGAUGCCUUACUUUGGGGUUUCAAUAAAAAUUUUCAAAUCUGUAGGGGGUGGAAAGAAAAGGAAAUUGUCCAGACAUAUGAUUUGUUUUUGCAACACUGGCAGAAGUUACAGCAGGUCAACUGAGCACUGACAUCUCAUUCAGUGAAGGAAAGGAUUGUCCUAGAUGGUUUUAGCUCAUCAGUUGUUCGGUUUAUCUGUGUGCGUAACUUUUUUUUUUUUUGCAGAGUCUGCUUUCAUUUUGCCUCGUAAUCAGUGUGCAGCAUUCGUUCUGUAAACAGGGCUUUCCGUAAGCUGUGUCCCUUUGUUCUUCUUUUAUUUUUUUUUCCCCUAAACUUGGGGUUCCUCUCCUACCGGCACUCCUACUUGUAAUGUGGCUGUGGCCUUGAUAUGAUAUUUCUGAUGUUUCUUUGAGGAGACCUGUAAAAUAUUGAUAUCCAUAAGAAACGGAGCUUUUUAUUGCUUCUGUUGAAAGAAGUUUUGCUGGGGGGGAUCAGCAAUCAGAGGAUAUACUUGAUCUCCUCAGAUUCCUGACUGAGCUUUGCAGAGCACUGUCACUAGAUCGCAGCUAAAGAUGUAGCUCUUUUAUAGCAACAACUUUGCCAAUCUUGCAUUUCAGAAGCAGGAAUGAUGCUGCAGAAAGCCUUGGCUUACCUGCUUUAUCAGGCAGGACCUGGAUUAGAGCAGCGGAAGAGCGCUCAAGGUUAUGUCCUCUCUCUUUUGUCACAUGCACAAGAGAAGCAAAAACGGAAUGAGUGAAGUUACCUUCAGUGGAAUAAACUGGAUUUUUUUGUACCCUGCAGUUAACUUUUGUCUAAAGACAUUUCCUGUGAGAACCAUCCCCAGACACCCUUAGGGGAAUUAAUCAAAACAGCAGUGGCUUCUGGGUAGGGUGGCAAGGGCUGGAAGAAAUGAGAGGUAAGAUGGUUUUAUUUCUUUAUCGUUAGAAAUCUGUAUGCUCUGUCUUUGGGUUUUUAUUUAUUUUGCAAAAUAUCAGCCCUCUUGUUGACUAUAAGCCUUAUUAUCCCACAGCUACCAUGACUUGGACCUGAUUUUAAGGGGUUUUGUUGUUGGGUUUUUGUUUUUAAUGUUUCCUUCGUCUGUGGAAGGAAUUUGGUGGAAGUAUGGCGUUAUGAAAUAACUCUUUAAUAAAGACACAGGCUAGUUGGCAUGAAGAGAUCAUGGAAGGGGCUGUAAGUGAAAGUCACGUUUGCAAAAGGUGCUGAAUGUCUUGCAAAAUUGCAUUCCCUGUCCAGAGCCUGCCCGCCAAAACCUUUUGAUUUUUUUUGAGUAGAUAUCCAUGGAUAAUAUGAGCGAGAAAGCAUAGAUCCUAAUGGAUGCUCACAGAAGCUGUAUUUCUUGAUUUAGAAUUAAUUAUAAAAUUGUACAUCUAUAAAUAAAUGUUUAUAACGUGAGAA